UUACACGUGAGAUUUGCGAAUUGUGUUUGGUUUGUAAUCUGCUUGGGUAGAAGCAAAUAAAAAAUCCCAAGAAUUGUGGUUCGUGAUCGGCACGCGCAUUUUCGUUUCAGCUCUGUCUCUCCUUGGGAUUUGAGAUAAAUUUCUUUGAGAUAAGCCAUGGGUUUCUUCUUUAAGGGAAUGAAUGAAGAUCUGUCUGACUGCUCCUUUAAUGAGGGGGAUAUUCAGAAAUGUCCAUUUCUAAGGAACAUCAACAAACCCACAAGCUUUUCAUUCUCGGCAGUGAAUUUUCCAAUGCCUGUACGGGGAGCCAAGGGUCCAAUAUUUGAAGAUGGUCCAAAUUUUAGCACAGCUUUUAAGCUCUUUCAUGGGAAGAAUGGGGUUGUUCCUCUUUCAGAGAGGUCUUCUUUUUAUAAUGAUAAUGAGCUUGAGCCUGCAUCCCAGUUCAAUCCCUUGGCAGCAAAAGCUGCCACGAUCAGCCUAUCAACAUUUGGCUUAGGAGGUCCGUUCAGCUUUGGCCCCUUUGAUGACAAAUGGAAGAAGAAGCAGCAGAAGAAAUCUGAGGCACCCAACAAGAGAGACACGUCUUCACAGAACCCUAAUUCAUCAAAUCAUGAAGCAAUAGGAAAAGAGUGGUUAGAGAUGGGAAACUGCCCAAUUGCAAAGUCUUACAGAGCUGUUAGUCGGGUCCUCCCACUUGUGGCAACUGCCCUUCAGCCGCCACCUGGAGUGAAGCUUAGAUGUCCGCCUGCUGUAGUUGCUGCAAGGGCUGCCCUAGCUCGGACUGCCCUUGUUAAAAACUUACGCCCUCAGCCACUACCUGCUAAAAUGCUUUUUAUUGCUCUCCUGGGAAUGGCAGUUAAUGUGCCAUUGGGUGUAUGGAAGGAGCAUACUCAAAAGUUUUCUUUGUCCUGGUUUGCAGCUGUGCAUGCGGCUGUGCCCUUUAUAGCUAUGCUUAGGAAGUCUGUUGUGAUGCCCAAGACAGCUAUGGUACUGACCAUUGGUGCAUCUAUCUUGGGGCAGGUUAUUGGUUCAAGAGCUGAGCGGCAGCGGCUGAAAGCAGUGUCUGAAAGGGAUAGAGUGGCAGCACAGACAGCCAUUGCUGCUGCUGUUGCAGCAUAUAGUCCAAAACAUGUUGAUGGAACUACUGGAAAUCACUGCUGUUCAGUUUCUGUUGCUGCUGAAAGAUCCACUUCUAUUUCAGGCAAUGUGUGCUUCUAACAUAAUAAGUUGUAAGUGUGGAGUUAAAUAGCAAUUAAUGUAAUAAAUAUUGAUGCUGGUAAAAUUUAAAAUUUUGUAUUGGAGAGGGACCUGCUUUAAAUUGAUAUGCAGAAUGAACCUCAGUCCUCUUUUAUAUUUUAUGGCUCACUGUUCAAUUAUGAUUUUACGGA